UCGAAAUAAAUAACCUUCAACAGUACAUGAGCAGUUAAAGAAACAUUUGAACAGUAAACUGGACAAACUAUGUAACAGGAAGUUAUCAUGUUUAAAAUCGUGAUACAAAACAAAGACAAUGUAUGUCUCUUUCUUUUUGUGUUGUAAAGAUCAACAAACUAACUUUGUUUGAACAAAAUAAUAAACAAAAUGGCUACAGGUGGGUGGAUGAAUACGGAUAUUCUUUCUGAUGAAGUGUUUGAUGUACUAUGUAAAAUCUGUAAAAAUAAAGACAAAAACACCGAAGGUGUAAAAUUCUGUGUGGACUGCCAAGAUUAUUUCUGUAAAAAAUGUGUCCAAGUUCACAGUCAAGUGCCAGUGUGUGCUGGUCACAAGGUGUUGGAUAAAUCUCUUGUUACUUCAAGAAUCAGUAAAGGUCUGUUGAGGGCACCAGCAGAGAGAUGUGACAGACACAGUCAUAAACACAUUGAUAUGUACUGUCAGAACCAUGAUAAUGUUGGCUGCUCUACAUGUAUGGCAGUUGAUCACAGGUCAUGCCAGGAUAUUUGCUACAUUCCAGAAUUUAUCCAAAAUAACACUUAUCAAUCAGCCUCAACAGAAAUUCAAACAAAACUAAAAGAAAUAUCAAAGACCCUUGCAGAACAAGUUACCAACUUCAAACAAGAUAAGCAGAGGCUGCUGAAAAGAAAGGCCAAGUUACUGGCCCAUAUCAGAAAAUUUCGACAAGAAAUUAAUGGCCAACUUGACAAAAUGGAAAAAAAUUCUAUAGAUGAGAUAGAAGAUAAGGUUAAACACCUUGAAGACAAGAUUGAAGACAAUCUGAAAAAGCUAAAAGAUAAUAUGGCCAGGGUUACCUUAGCUAAUGAUAAAUUAGCAUCUCCAAACACAAAUCAAGCUGAAGUGUUUGUUCAUGUGAAGAUUGGGGAAGAUGCUGCAAAUGUUGCCAACAUAUGUAUAGAAGAUAACAAAAGAAAGAGUACUGGGGAUGACAUACAGUUUCAACCUGAAAAAGCAAUUCUUACACUGCUAGAACAAUAUAAAUCCCUUGGCACACUUCCAAAAACUCCUGGUACUUUAUUUCAGAUUAAAGGGAAACAAUCAAUUUGUGUAACAGAUACACCACAGGAAGUAGCAACUGACUUCAUAAAUCCAUGCUGUCUGAAGGAUGGUACAAUAAUUCUAGCUUUAAGAUACAAGAACAAGCUUAAACGGUUCCACAGUAACAACUAUACCAUCACUGACUACCCUCUACCUGGAGCACCAUUGCAAGUGUGUUCAAUCAAUGCAAUUCAAGUAGCAGUAACUUUACCAUCAUGAGAAAGAAGUUCAUUUCAUUUUUGUAGAAGGACAAAUGAGCACAACAAACAAGAUUAACAUUGAUUUUGAAUGUUAUGGCCUUGCAUACAUCAACGAUAAUUUAUAUGUGUCAAGAACACAUGUACAUAUCUAUACAUUGUCUGGAAGAAAGCUAAAAAUCUUCAAUGAGUUCAGAGUAAGGAAAUCAUUUUUGGCAUCCUUCCUUUUUACUACACCUUUGAUACAGAUAAAUGGUCUAGGCGUCAGUAAAGAUGCUACACGGAUUUAUGUUGCUGAUGGGCAUCGUGGGCUAACAGUACUGGACAGCAAUGGCAAGGUUAUAACAAGAUUUAAUGGUGAAAAUUUAGACUUUGCUUCUUGUUGUUAUGUCACUGAAGCAGGUAGUGUGCUGGUAUCAGGAUAUAACUCCAAUAAUGUUUUACAGUUUACAUGUGAUGGUGAGCUGAUAGGAGAGGUCAUAAAAGCUGACAAUGGAAAAGGGGCAAUUGUUUCAGUAUGUUGUAAUCAACAAAUGUCUAAAAUGUAUGUAUGCAGAUCCAGAAAAAACAACAUUGAAGUCUACAAUAUCUGAUCAGCUUAACAAUUAAUGUAUGGAAACCAACAUCUGUAUAAAAUCUUAUUGAAUUCAACAUCUACGAAUGGUAGAUGUGAAGUUACCAAGACUGCAUAUGUGAAAUGCAAUGCAGCCAUAUUGUGUAAAACUAAAAAUAGCAGGAACAAAAUAGUUUAUCAUUUGCUUGAACAUAUUAGAAACAAGAUAUGUUUGUAAAACAUGUAUGCCCCCUAUCGGCAGCCAAUUUGUCAUGUGAUCAGGUUAUUAUGCAUGACUUCUGACCCAAUGAACAAGCAAUUAAUAAGGGUUAUCUAGUAUCUACUGGUCAUGACUAGUCACAAGGUAAUAAUUAUUGUGACCCCAUAGGUUGUGUGCAGCAAUUAAAGUUAUUAAAAAUCUUACCAAAUAAUAUAUACAUAAAUUUUAUGAAUCACAUAGGCCUCAUUAAUGACAGCCAAGUUGUUAUAUUACAUAAGACCUUCAAAUGUGUAUACCAAAAGCACAUAAAAAUAUCAACCAAGGCCACUUGAGUUGUUGAGUUAUUGGUCAGAAACAGUACAAGGUCACUAUGACAUUGACCCCUUGACCCCAAAAUCAAUAGGGGUCAUCUACUGGUCAUGACCAAUCAUCAUACAAAGUUUGAAGUUCCUAGGCCUAAGGGUUCUUUAGUUAUUGAUCAGAAACCAUUUUUAUCUACAAGGUAAAUGUGACCUUGACCCCUUGACCCCAAAAUCAAUAGGGGUCAUCUGCUGGUCAUGACCAAUCAUCAUACCAAGUUUGAAGUACCUAGGCCUCAGCCUUUUUUAGUUAUUGAUAGGAAACCGUUUUUACCUUAAAGGUCAAUGUGACCUUGACCUUUGACCCCAAAAUCAAUAGGAGUCAUAUGCUGGUCAUGACCAAUCAUCAUACAAAGUUUGAAAUUCCUAGGCCUAAGCGUUCUUUAGUUAUUGAUCAGAAACCGUUUUUACCUACAAGGUCAAUGUGACCUUGACCUUUGACCCCUUGACCCCAAUAUCAAUAGGGGUCAUCUGCUGGUCAUGACCAAUCAUCUUACCAAGUUUGAAGUCUCUAGGCCUAAGGGUUUUUUAGUUAUUGAUAGGAAACCGUUUUUACCUACAAGGUCAAUGUGACCUUGACCUUUGACCCUUGACCCCUAAAUCAAUAGGGGUCAUCUAUUGGUCAUGACCAAUCAUCAUACCAAGUUUGAAGUUCCUAGGCCUAAGUGUUCUUUAGUUAUUGAUCGGAAACUGUUUUUACCUACAAGGUCAUAUGACCUUGACCUUUGACCCCUUAACCCCAAAAUAAAUAGGGGUCAUCUGCUGGUCAUGACCAAUCACCAUACCAAGUUUGAAGUUCCUAGGCCUGAGGGUUCUGAAGUUAUUGAUCGGAAACUGUUUUUACCUACAAGGUCAAUGUGACCUUGACCUUUGACCCCUUGACCCCAAAAUCAAUAGGGGUCAUCUACUGGUCAUGACCAAUCACAAUAUCAAGUUUGAAGAUCCUAGGCCUAAGCGUUCUUUAGUUAUUGAUCUGAAACCGUUUUAACAUACAAGGUCAAUGUGACCUUGACCUUUGACCCCUUGACACCAAAAUCAAUAGGGGUCUUCUACUGGUCAUGACCAAUCACCAUACCAAGUUUGAAGUUCCUAGGCCUAAGGGUUCUUUAGUUAUCACUCGGAAACCAUUUGGUCUACGGACCGACGGACGGGACGGACCGACAAGUGCAAAGCAAUAUACCCCCUCUUCUUCGAAGUGGGGGCAUAAUAAUAAAUUAUGUUACAAUAUUAGAUCAAAGUCAAAUAAAACUGUAGGUAAAUUGCUUGGCAAUGUGAAAUGUAAAACACAAUUAUCAUAUAUAUCUAGAUACCUUUAUCACAGGUUUAAGUAAAUCAUCUAGUUAAAAGUAUCAAAUAUCAGCCUUUAAGGUUCAAGUAUUGUAUUCAGUAAAUGUACAUAUUUUCUUGCAUGUAUAGUAUUAUAUACUUUUCAUAAUCAUUUUAAGAGUUUAUUUCUUCAUUUAAAGUCUCUGCUUUUUUUUUGCAUACAAAUAGCAUAAUUAUGUUUCCCAGCCCAUCCGCCUGUUUUAUUCAUUUAGCUAUAAACAUUUGAUUUGUUAUAUGCAUGGAUACAAGUUCAAAAUGUUAGAAAACCCUGACUUUUUUUUUGCAAUAUUUUAAUUGGUUUACAUAGAAAGAGAGCUUUCAUGAGUAUAAGAAACCUGAAGUUCAGGCACAUGCCUGAAAACUUGUACCCAUGUAUAUGAUAAUAAAGAAAUAAUUUUGAUUAUUGUUUAAAAGGAUUUGUUACCCCACUGUUGUUUUUUUUUUUGUUUUUUUUUUUCAACAUCAAGCUAUUAGACUUUUUUCAUGAGAUUUGUGUAACAUUUGAUGUCGGUCGAUACUUAUCACUUAAGCAAACCUAAGCAAAAUAAUUUCACAUAAUUUCCUCACUCUGUUUUCCCAGAAUAAUCAUUAUUAUUGUGCAAAAUGACCAAACAAAUGAAAGGUGUUUCAAUACUUUUCUCUCAAACUAGGCUAAAAAUUGUGCAAAAACAAUUGGUUUUCAAUUUAACUCAGAGUUUAUCUUUUUAUUAUCUCACUUGAUCUAUGCAAGAAUGACAAAUUUAAUGUUCUUAAUACUUUUUGACUUCAUUUAAUUAUUCUUCAGGGUUUUGAUGUUAAAAACAACAUGCAGAUUAAUAUUAUAUUUUAAUUUCUUAUGUCUCUCCUGCAAUCUUUUUGCUGUUUUCUUUUCUGAAAACUUUACUUAUAUAAAUUACUUUUAAACUUGUAUGAAGUGUAUGUAAUAUGUGUCUUAUCAUCAUUUUAUGUAUAUCUUGUAUUAUUUUUUACUUAAUACUUGUAAUAUUGAUUCCACAUAUUCCAUGUGCUAGACCUGGACUGUUGUAGCAUAUAUUUUCUAAGUAAUACAAACUAUAUGAUUGAAAAUUGUUGUUUAUUGUCAUGGGAUUUAAAUGUAUACAGAAUACAUAGAAUGAAAGAAAUUUUUAUCAGUGUAUUUUAUUGAAAGUAUGUGGGCAUGCAUGAAAUUAUGGCCAAAUGCUGGUAUAUUUUAUUCUGUUUAUGUCCAAUAUUCAUUCUGUUUAUGUACAAUAUUCAUGCAUGUUAAAUUACAGAGACAUUUCUAUGUUACAACUCUUUCAAGAAACAACCAUAAGGUUAUGAAAACAACCUAAUUUUACUGUUGUUUUUUUUUAAUCUUAAUAAAAGAUUUAAUCACAUAUACAUGUAGAUGCAUACACUUUAGUUGAAAUAAUUAUCAGUGGCGUACCUGCCGAUACGCCAAUACGCAUGGGCUUAUUUAAUGAGUUUCGAGAAAUUAAAAUAGGUAUGCUUACAAUGUAACCUUUGUCAAAUAUAUGUUCAUACAAUUUUUUUUUUGGGGGGUUUUACGUCACAUCGACACAGUAUAGGUCAUAUCGCGAUGUUCCAGCUUUACUGGUGGAGGAAGACCUCAGGUGCCCUUCCGUGCAUUAUUCUAGGCACGAACGGGCACCUGAGUAGAACCACCGACGUUCCGUAAGCUAGCUGGAUAGCUUCCUCACAUGAAAGAAUCCAAAGUACCUGUCGGGAUUCGAACCCACAGCGGUGAGGGGCAAGUGGUUUGAAGUCAACGACCUUAACCACUCGGCCACGGACGCCCCUUCAUACAAUCAAAGGCGAGUAAAGCACAUACAUGUAAAAGAAAAGAACAUGCGAAGAAAUUUUAGCGAGAAAUUUUCAAUAUUGUGUAUUUCCUUUUUUAUAUAAAUAAUAAAUUUUUAUUGUUAUUUUGAAUUACCAUAAAAAUUAAAUUUAUACCACCCUAUGCGGAUUUUAUUAAUCUUAAUGCUUAUAAACCUCACUGAACUUUAUGUUUGUCUGGAACUUUUGUAGUACAAAGGAAUACGUGUAAGCCUAUAUAUAUCACUAAACAAAGCCAUUUAAACAAAUUUCAUCGACUAUAGAAAUGAAUUGCAUAUUUCUGUAAACAAUGACAUUUUUUAUGUAUUUUAUAAUAGUCUUAUUUAUAUAUACAUACAGAACAGAGAUAAAAUUACAAUAAGAACAAAGUAAACCAUGUGAGAGAAUGUUCUUUUUUUCUCAUUUUGAACUUUUUACAAAACUAUAAUAUGUUUCCACUCUUGCUUUAAAUAAACAGAAAUUUUCCUGUUCAUUUGUAAAUAUUUGUAUGCGAUACAAAAUCCUGUAUGUUAUUUUUCUUUUUUCUUUAAAGGUUUUGACUUGAAUUUCUGCCAGAAUAGUAAGGCAUUAAUUUUAACUGCGUAAUAGUAUAACUAAAAUAUAUCGGAUGAAUUUUAAAAGAGUAAAAUUGAGGAAAAAUUGUCAAAAACAAUUAUUCUCUAAUAUUAACAUAAUGCACUUCUAAAAUUAUUGUUUUUUAUGGACCUUAGUGAUCGCGUAUCAAUAUAUUUAAGGUGUGGUUUUGAUGCUAUAGAUUAUUGGUACACUUAAACAUUUAAUCUGUUGUGUUUGUUUUAUGGCCAUACAGAUCGUUUUAAAAGCGAUAUUUUCCUUGUUCCUUCAUUAUAUCUCAUGUUUAGGUAUGUUGAAAUAAAAAAAUAAUAAAAAAAAUUGAACAAAAAUGAUGUUAAAAACAUCUUGAUUAGAAUAGAGAUAUAUGGCUAUGUAACAUAUAGCCUAUGUUUUGUUUUUCUAAUUGUGGCUAUGUAACAUAUAGCCUAUGUUUUGUUUUUCUAAUUGUAAAUACGUUGCAUAGCAAUAUUUUCCUUGAUUAUAUCUCAUGUCAUCCUCGGUAACCCAGGUGCAUUACUGUAUACAAUAAUACACGUAUUAAAUGUAGUAUAUUUGGAAUGUGUACCGUGCACAAUGGUUUCUGAUGACAAUCUCAUGUCUAGGUAUAUUGAAAAAAAAUAGAAAAAGAAAAAAAAGUUAACCGUCUUGAUUACAAUAGAGGUAUCUGGCUAUAUUUUGUUUUCCUAAUGGUAAAUAACUUUUUUUAAAAUUAUUUAAUAAAAGCUUUCUUCACGUCAGACUUCAUGCAAAUAGGAAACUUUGGCCCAAGGGACUGUAAUUGGCGUAUACUCAAAAUAAACCAAGGUGCGCCCCUGAUUAUGUGUGUGUAAGUUUAUUUUGAAAGUAUUUAGUAAGAUGGAUGUAUAAUAUAUGUUAUGUAUUCAAUAUAAUAUUGCACAAUGCACAAGACAA